AUGACCACCCCAGAACCCCCAAAAGCUCCCUGGAAAGACCUCUUGAACUACCACCUCUCCCAGAACUCUUCCUCUGAAUUUACACUCGCUACAGUCGCAUACGACGCAACAAAGAAACGACACGUCCCGCGAGCCCGCGUAUGCGGAUUCCGCGGCUUCUUUCCAAACCCGCAACUCCACCCAAGUGCCGUCGACGCACUGAAGACACAAGGCGAUGGGCUGAAUCCGGAUGUAUACGAGAGUGAUAUGCUCAGUUUUACGACGGACGUGCGGAUGGAGAAGGUCGGCCAUAUUCAGCCGGGGUCGUCGGAGUCGGAUGCCGGGAGUGAGGUUGAGAUGGUGUUUUGGUUGAAGGAUGCGGGGAGUCAGUGGAGAAUUAAGGGUGAUGCGUUUGUGAUCGGCGACCAGGAUGGCGGGAGUGUAGAAGAUGAGGCAAGGGAGGAGAUUCAGAGGGGGCUGAGGAUUCGUUCGGAAGAUGGCUGUGGGAGAUGGACUUGGGAGAGACAGGUGACGACGUAUUUUGCGAAUCAUACGCCUAUCUUGCGAGGUUCAUUCAAGAGUCCCUCGCCUGGUCGUCCUAAAUCCCAGGAUCCCCAGGAUCCAUCUCUCAAACCUGGACAGGAAGUCGAAGACCUUCAUGAUUCCGCUGCGAGGAAGAACUUCCGGGUGGUCGUUGUUCGUCCGCAAGAGGUUGAGCGGUUGGAUUUAUCGGACUACAAAAACCCGGCACGCUGGACGUGGACUUUGGUUGAGGAUGGUAAACGACAGGGACUAUGGGACGAGGUUGAAUUGUGGCCGUGA